AUGAGAAUCCCAAGAUCCUUAAAAAUAUGUGGUAUUGUGACAAUAGUUGUGAUAGUAAGCUUUAUCGUGACAGUGUUAAUCCUAUGGUUUGCACUUCUAAAACCCAAAAACCCCAAAAUCACAAUGCAGCAAGUCACAUUAAAACACCUAUCUUUCGGUUUCGAUUUCGAAAUCAACGUCACGCUGGGGAUGCUCGUGACCGUGAACAACCCGAACCACGCGAGCUUCAGGUACGAGAACACGACGGCCUUCGUGAGCUACCGCGGCUCGCCAGUGGCGGAAGCGCCCGUACAAGAGGACACCAUCCCGGCGCGCAGGAGUCACGACAUCCGCACGGAUUUAUUCGUGGAUGGUGACCGCGUGGUGGCGAAUCCCGGGUUUAUGGAGGAUUUGGCGGCGCGACGCUUCAAUUUUACGUCGUCCACCACGCUCCACGGAAGAGCGAAGGUGCUCAACUUGUUUAAGAUAACGGCCACCACUUAUAGCACGUGUGUCGUCUAUGUUGAUGUUGAUGCUCAGAAUGCAACCUCUGUUUGCAAUUCCAAAUUUAAGUACUAG